UUUCUGCACUUAAUCUCAAAACAAAAUCCACCCUCCCUCCACCAAAAUCUUUGUAGAAUGGAUUAUAUUUCUCCAUAUUUUAACACCACCAUAGCAGCAGCAGGCGUCUUUGUCUUGCUUAUCCUCCCCUACUAUCUACUAAGAAAAUGGAAGUCUAGAGCUUCCAAGGGCAUACUAGCACCCCAACCACGAGGCGCAUGGCCUUUAACUGGUCAUUUGUCUCUGUUAUCAGGAUCCCACCCUCCUCAUGUAACAUUGGGUGCACUCGCUGACAAAUAUGGCCCAGUCUUCACUAUACGAGUCGGGGUUCAUCCUGUUCUCGUGGUGAGUAGUUCGGAUGUGGCUAAGGAAUUAUUCACGGGUGCUAAUGACGUGAUUGUGACCUUCCGUCCAGCACUGGUCGCCGCAGAACUUAUGGGCUACAACUAUGGUUUGUUUCCUUUCACCCCUGGUGGUCCAUAUUGGAGCGAAACGCGCAAGAUAUCCACCUUUGAACUUCUCUCCAACAGCCGGCUUGAGCUUCUCAAGCACAUUAGAAUCCAGGAAGUGGAAACUUCCAUAAAAGAGUUGCACAAAGCAUGGGAGGACAAAAAGGUUGUUGAUAUGAAGCAAUGGUUCAGUGACUUAAAUUUGAACGUCCUUCUUAGGAUGAUUAUAGGCAAGAAAUAUUUUGGUGGUGGUGCUGUUGGUGACGAGAAAGAAGGGCGACGGUUCCAGGAGGGGAUGACGAUACUUUUUCAUUAUCUAGGGACGCUUGUUUUAAGGGACGCUGUUCCAUUUCUUGGAUGGAUGGAUGUGGGUGGACAUGAGAAGGUAAUGAAGAAAACUGCUAAAGAACUAGACGAUGCUCUGGAGAAAUGGCUACAAGAGCAUAAACGGAAUAGGUAUUUGGGUGAAAAAUCUAAAGGAGAUCAAGAUUUUAUGGACGUUAUGCUUUCAUUUCUUGAUGGCAAAAGCCUUGAAGGUUAUGAUGCUGAUACAAUCAACAAAGCUACAUCCUUGAGUAUGAUUGCUGGGAAUGAGACCGUUACAGUAGCUAUGACAUGGGCACUCGCACUGUUGCUGAACAACCGGCCUGUAUUGAAAAAGGCGCAGGAAGAACUCGACAAAAUUGUUGGCAGGGAAAGACUAGUAAAUGAUAAAGACAUCAGCAACCUUUUUUAUCUCCAAGCCAUAGUUAAAGAAACACUACGCCUCUACCCACCAGCAUUUAUCCCUGGACCUCGUCAAUUCACUCAGGACUGUACUAUAGGUGGCUAUUACGUCCCAAAAAACACAUGGCUAAUGGUGAACGUUUGGAAGAUCCAAAGGGACCCUAGUGUGUGGCCAGACCCAACGGAGUUCAAGCCAGAAAGGUUUCUCACAACCCAUAAGAACGUUGAUGUCAGGAGUCAAAAUUUUGAGUUGCUUCCAUUUGGAGGUGGCAGAAGAGCUUGCCCUGCAGCAUCUUAUGUACUUCACAUUGUGCAUUUGACAUUGGCCACCUUAUUGCAGGCUUUUGAGAUUUCUACUCCUACAGAUGCUGCUAUUGAUAUGACUCCUGGCGCUGGACUAGCAAAUAUGAAAACAACCCCUCUGGAAGCUGUAGUCUCGCCUCGCCUGCCUCCAUGUUGUUAUGAAUAGUGAAUGGGAAUCCUGUUGUUAUGAAUAAUAAAAGGGAAUCAUUGCAGUAGGAGCAGUAUAUACGUCUCUUGCCACUCCCAAUAUUUGUAUGUUUAAAUAUUUGCUAGCCACUUAGCAUAUAUAGGUUGUCCUUUCUUCCUGUAAUAAUUCCUCUAAAUAUAUAUGGUAAGUUUCCUAGUUGACAAGUUA